CCCCGCGCUGCGUCCCCGCCCCUCACGCUGCGGCGUAGGGCGGACGGGGCGGAAGCGAUCGGGCGGCGGCGGCGGCCAUGUCGGCGGCGGUGGGCGUGGGGCAGCAGUGGGUGCUGGUGGAGAUGGUGCAGGCCUUCUACGAGGCUCCUGCUUACCAUCUCAUUUUGGAAGGAAUUCUAAUUCUGUGGAUAAUCAGACUUAUUUUCUCCAAGACAUAUAAACUUCAAGAGCGAUCUGAUCUAACACCUAAGGAAAAAGAAGAGUUGAUUGAAGAAUGGCAGCCAGAACCGCUUGUUCCUCCUGUACCAAAAGACCAUCCAGCUCUCAACUACAACAUAGUUUCAGGUCCUCCCACCCAUAAAAUCACUGUUAAUGGCAAAGAAUGUGUAAACUUUGCGUCAUUCAAUUUUCUUGGACUUUUGGAUAAUGAAAAGGUUAAGAGCGCAGCCCAAGCAUCUCUGAAGAAAUACGGAGUUGGUACUUGUGGACCUAGAGGAUUCUAUGGUACUUUUGACGUGCACCUAGAAUUAGAAGACCGACUAGCAAAAUUCAUGAGGACAGAGGAAGCUAUUAUAUAUUCAUAUGGUUUUGCAACAAUUGCCAGUGCUAUUCCUGCAUAUUCAAAAAGAGGGGACAUUGUGUUUGUAGAUGAAGCUGCCUGCUUUGCUAUUCAGAAGGGAUUACAAGCAUCUCGUAGUAACAUCAAGUUAUUUAAGCAUAAUGAUAUGGCUGACCUUGAACGACUCUUGAAGGAGCAAGAGACUGAAGAUCAAAAGAAUCCUCGCAAGGCCCGUGUAACUCGAAGGUUUAUUGUGGUGGAAGGAUUGUAUAUGAAUACAGGUGACGUCUGCCCUCUUCCAGAAUUAAUAAAAUUGAAGUAUAAAUACAAAGUUAGAAUAUUUCUGGAAGAGAGCCUUUCCUUUGGAGUCCUUGGAGAACAUGGGAGAGGAAUUACUGAACACUUUGGAAUAAAUAUUGAUGAUAUAGAUCUUAUUAGUGCAAACAUGGAAAAUUCACUGGCUUCUAUUGGAGGAUUUUGCUGUGGAAGAUCUUUUAUUAUUGACCAUCAGAGAUUGUCUGGUCAAGGCUAUUGCUUUUCUGCAUCUCUACCUCCUUUGUUAGCUGCUGCUGCUAUUGAGGCUCUGAAUAUUAUGGAGGAUAAUCCAGACAUUUUUCAGACUCUCCGGGCUAAAUGUGAACAUAUGCACAAGGCUUUACAAGGGAUUUCUGGGUUAAAAGUAGUAGGAGAAUCAUUUUCUCCAGCAUUGCACUUACAGUUGGAAGACAGCAGUGGAUCUCGAGAAAAUGAUGUGAAGUUGCUGAAGAGAGUUGUGGAUUAUUGCAUGAAUAGUGGUAUUGCAUUAACUCAGGCCCGCUAUCUGGAGAAAGAAGAAAAAUGUCUUCCUUCACCCAGUAUUCGAGUAGUGAUAACUGUGGAACAAACAGAACAAGAACUGGACAAAGCUGCAUCACUUAUUAAAGAAGCUGCGCAGUCUGUACUGAAUUAACCUGUGGUUUUGAAUUCGUCUUUCCUCAGAUUAUAAGGAUAAAUGUUUUACACUGUAUUCCACUUUAGAUACUCAAUUUCAUCUGCUGAUGACAUUGAAGCCUGACUAACAAGAUUGUUCCAGAAUGCUAAAAAUGCAGUGAGGUGUAGAAUGCUGAAUUUCAGAAAUGGUGAAUGACACAAUGUACUUACAACUAAAAAUUACCAUUUAGUAGGAUUUCUUAAAAUGGAAUGUGACUGUUGGAUGCAGGCCUUUUUCAAAAUUUCAUCUUAAAAAGUCUUAAAUUUAUUCCUUCAAACCCUUAAAUGUUUUCAGACAGAGAGAUCAUUCAGUUUUUCCCCAAAACAUUUAAAAGGUAUAUUUUUCUCAGAGUAUUCUCAGAAAGUACGAGCUUCAAAUAAAUUUCAAAUAAAUUUACUUUUUUCAAAAUGGAAGUUCCUAAUACUGCUGAAAGUGAGAGAAUAACAUAUCAAGACAUAAUUUUGUACUAAGUCGAUUAUAUUGAAUUGUAGAGGGAACUUCAUUUUUUAUUUGUUUUUAUCUUUGUCUAACCAUUUCUGGAAGCAGUUUUUCAAAAUGCCUGACCAGGUAAAUUCAUAUUAAACACUGUUUGCUUACUGUAUUUCAUAUGUAAAUAUAUGCAUUGUUGAUACUGUCGGUGAGAUUUUUCUUGUUAUUAAGUUAAACACCUAAACUGAAACUUUGAAGUUGUGAAACUGACAACAAUUCAAUUACAGUAUGUUCAGUCAGGGGACCUUUGCACCAGUCUUGAAGAGGAGGCAUAAACAACAAGGAGUAUGAACCAAAGUUUUGAAAUGGCAACCGAAUUCUGGCUUAUUCAAACAACUUUGAAGCACAGAAAUGCUUUGUGCUAAGUUAUAUCUCUAAACAGCUGCUAUGUGUUAGAAAGGAACACUCUGACAGCUAGUAAGAGAAUAGAUGGUACAAGUACUGCUGAAAUACAAUCAAUAUGUGCACAUAAAAUCCCCAUGUAAUUCGAUAGUAAUAUUUGGGUAUUUAUGCUGCUGGGAUUUUCAGUGAGCACAAAUGGAUAGAAACAUAACAUGAAGCAGAGGAAACUGGUAAGGAAGGAUGACAGUAAGCUGUAUCUUUUUAUAAAAUAAAACUAUAGCUAUGUAUUUCAGCAUUUUUUUUAAGAAUGCCUGUUUAAAAAGCCAACUUUGUAUUCUGCCUGAUCUGUAUUUGGGUUGUUUUGUACUUAUGUGUCUUUUUGGUUGUUGCUACAAGGACUACAGUACUAUUUUAAAAGAAAGAUCAUUGUUUAAAUAAAACACUGUAUGUUUAAUUCAAAUUUUUAUGUAUCACAUAAUUAGCGUGAUUCAACUGUAUUUUGUUGAAUAUUCUCCAUCAAUUUAAAUUAUAGUCUAUGUUGUCUCUUUCAGUUGAUAGUGACUCCCAUCUUUGCAGUGGUUUUCUGAACUCUGUACAUUUACAACUGCUAAAGUUGUUUGGGCACUUUUGUCACUGGUGCUGCUGGCACUAGAAAUAUUCAAAUCAUUAUCUAUGUAAUGUAGAGGAAUGUUCAUUUCAACAUGAAAGAAUAUUAUUAUUACCUUGACAUUUAUGUUUUUCUCUCAACGGUGAGUAAAAGCCUGUGAGAAACCUACAACUUAAAAGAACAAAAAUGUGAGAAUGGAAGCUGGUUUGUGUUUUACAGGCUGGAUCUGAAGUGCCUUCUCAAGAACAAUCACCCUUCUCAGGGCCUUCAGAGAUUUUGAGAGAUGGAAAUUAAAACUUACCACUAUACUUUGA